GAAGUAAAAGAAAAGAAGAAAUUUAACACUUUUUGAUUGCCACCGGGUACCUUCAAUGUUAUAAUCGUUAUAAAACUUUGUUUAUAAGUUAUAACAUUGUUGUAAAUUGGCCAAAUUGCUUUUGAAGCAGUAGCCAAAUAAAGCGUUAUUAAAAAAAAAAAACGCUUUUUGUCAAAUUAAAAAAAAUGUCGAGAAAGACUCGAAAUCAACACCAAGAAGCUUCCGAUACGACAAGCGAUUGGUCACAAAUGAGUACUGAUGAUGCAGAAGAACCACAGCUGGUUGAUGAAACAGUGAACAAUAUAGUACGAUAUAUAAUUUACAGAAUUGCAGAUCAAUCAAUGUUUGGAAAAUCCGAGUUGGUCAAGAAUGUGAUUCACAAGUCAAACAUGAAAUUUGAAGAUAUACUAAAUAAAGUAAAAGAGAUUUUGAGAAAAACCUAUGGCUUCAAUUUAUUGAUUGUUGAAACCGCCAAAGGCAGAGACAAGAACUAUAUUGUCAGCAAUGCGCUGCCUUAUGUAUCUGAUCCGGAUGAUGAUGUUAACAAUGAGUAUCCCCCAGAUGCAAAUAAAAUUCUGCUCCUGCUUAUUCUAACACAUACUUUUAUGAUGAACAAUAGCGUUUCAGAAGUGUCAUUAGUUGGGUUUUUAAAAAAAUUAGGGAUAGAUGUUGAAGCCAAGCACCCAAUAUUUGGUAAUGUCAAAGAUUACAUUGCCAAAACAUUGGUAAAGAAGCACUAUCUGAAUGUCACGGGCGAUCCUAUCACGAAAAUUCAGACUUUUUCAUGGGGACCCGCAGCAGAGACAGAAAUUUCCAUGCAGGCGAUUCUAGAAUUUGUUUGCAGGGUAUAUAAAAACAGGCAACCAAAGGAUUGGAUCAAUCAGUUUCAAAUUGCAAGCAAACAGAACUUUCGGAAUAAACCAGAGGAACGAAAUUUUGAUAGUCUGCAGUAACACUGAAUAAAAAUGGGUAUAUUUCAUACA